AUGUCCAACUCGUCUAACGGAGGUCAGGAGGUAGUUUUCGAAUAUUUAAAAAAAAAUGGUCGACAGGACUUGUUUGAAGGUCAACCUCCAGGAAAAGCUUGGGUGGAUAAUUUUUUGUUGCGUAACGCUGCCGAUUUGACCGUAUGCAUUACCCAAAAUAUCAAAAAAGUCCGAGCUGAAAAAGGAGUUGAUGAAUUAAUGGAAUAUUUUGAAAAUUUACGUGAAACCAUUAAAGAUGUUCCGGCAUCAAAUAUAUUGAAUUUGGACGAGACCAACUUAAGUGACAAUCCGGGAAAUUCCAAGUGCAUAUUCAAGAGAGGGGUGAAAUAUCUCGAAAGGGUCCUUAACUCUACAAAGGGGGCCAUAUCAAUCAUGUUCUCUGGAACAGCGGCUCGUGAAAUCUUACCAGUCUACGUUGUUUACAAAGCCGAUAACUUAUACUCGGAGUGGAUACAGGGCGGGCCUCUUCAUACCAGAUAUAAUCACACCAAGCCAGGCUGGUUUGAUCCUCAAACUUUUGAGGAUUACUUUAAACGAAUCGUCCUGGAUUGGGAGAGUGGUUUGCCCGGGAAAAAAGUUGUUAUUUGCGACAAUCUAUCGAGCCACUUAAGUGUAAAUAUUAUCGAGCUCUGCGAAAGUCAUGAUAUUCAGUUCGUUUUAAUACCUACAAACUCGACACAUUUGACGCAGCCACUCGAUGUGGCAUUUUUUGGACCGCUUAAGAAAAUAUGGCGAAAAAUUUUACUUCAAUAUAAAAUUGAGAAUCCAAAUCAAUCGACACUUAAUAAAAACCACUUUCCAAAGUUAUUGAAGUCUUUGACUGAUCAGAUCCAGCUAACAGAGUUAAAGAAUAUCAAAAGCGGUUUUAAAGCUUCUGGAAUCAGCCCUUUCAACCCUCGUGAGGUGAUAAAACGGAUACCUGAAUAUCACGAAGAGUUACAGUCUUAUACAAUAGACGAGACCCUGCUCGAAUAUUUAAAACGAACAAGACAACCUAAGCCCAUGAUUUUGAAACGAAAUAAAAAAGUUGUUACUGAACCAGGAAAAUCAGUGACAGUCGAUGACUUUCUACGACAGGAAACAAAUGCGUCAACUUCAUCAGUAGCUAGCGUACAAGGCAGAGCCAAGACUUCGAAAAAUUACAAACUCAAUGUGAAAAAAUAUAAAAAAUCUGGCAACUGUCAAAAACUGGUCGACAAUGGUGAAAAUAGAUACAAGAUGGAUAUGAUUGAAGAUGAACGAAUAAAAUGUAUGGAAGGGACUGAAAACGGAAAUCUCGUAGAUAACUUUAACAUGGAUAUGACACAAUCUCUCAAAGAUAUGAAUGAAGACGAAAUGGAGCUCGUAGAAAAGAUCAAAAACGAAGAUUUUACAGAUGCAAUUGAUUUGAAAAAUCUUCAAGAUUCAUUGAAAGAUGACGUCAAGAAAAUAAGCACGCUUUUAGAUGAAAAGACGGGACUUCUUAAAAUUAAGGAAAUAGAUGACCGAAUAAUGAAAUUACCUGGAAAUAAUAAUAAUGAAAAUAAGAUAGAAGUUCUUUCGACAGUGACUUUAAAUCUACUAUCAACGUCAACCGGAAAGACAAAUAAAUCAGGUUUGUUUUUUAGACCACACGUCCUAUAUUCAGACAGUGACGAAGAAUUGCAAAAUAAAGAUAAAGAGAAAGUGCUGGAAGAAAUAGAGUUAAACAUAAAAAAUGAAAAGAAAGAAAGAAAAUAUAUUAACAUACCAGACAAAUAUAAGGAUUGCGAAACAACAGAGAAACUAGUAACGACAGUAGAAAACAAAGAUUUAUUACAAAAAAGUGAAACCAAUAAAAACAAGCAAAAAAAGAGAACAAAAGAGGUAAUAAUAGUAAAAAACAAAAAAAGAUCUAAAAGACUAACUCGAAACAGCAGUGGCAAUGACACCGACGUUUCCGAGAAUAUUUCAUACAGAGAAUCAUCAGAUAGUAGCGAAAGAUACGUUCCCGAAGAUGUCGAAAAAGACAUCGAAAUGUGUACAACAGAAUUUAAUGAAAACAAUAAAACUAUGUCCGUAGAAAAUGAAGAAUUAUUGUACCAUCAUAUUCAACAUGAAGUGCACGUUGACAAAUACGUUUUGGUCAAAUUUAUAACUGAAAAGAGUACUAAAUAUUAUGUAGGAAAGGUAACAAAAAUCGAUGGAAUCUUUGUGUCCAUAAAUUUUUUAAGAAAGAAGAAUAACAACUCUUUUUUCUGGCCUCAAGUAAAAGAUGAGGCGGAAAUGUAUUUAUUUGAUAUCGUAAAAGUAUUACCUCAACCAAAUGAUAACCGUAGGGGUUCAUUAGCAUUUGAAGUUGAUUUCAGUGGUUUAAAAAUACUUUGA